GUAUGGAAUAACCUUGAGGUCCGGUAGCGGUUUCAACCCAUCGCGUCAUCAGUCUAUAACAUGUGUUCACGGAGUUCCUGAUGGAUUAUUAAUCACAGAACAGCUGUAGUAUGGGUAAUGAAGACAGGAUUAAAAUAACUAACCAUGGAUCACGUUUGGUUUUGUGAAUACUGCUCCUCAGCUGAAGGGAAUGAAAGUAAAAAGCUUUUCUCAACACAGAGAGACUUCGUUAAUCAUAUCCGAGCACACCAUUUAGUUCGCAAGUUUAGAAAUGAUGUGGAAACGUUUAUCUGCCGGUAUGGCCCGAAUAAUUCGUGUCUUCUAUCCAAUGGUCUAGAUAAUGUUGAGAAGAGUCAUUCAUCUCGUGAUUCCUUAUUUAAAAGUCAGCGUGACUAUGAAAGACAUUUAGUUGGGUUUCAUCUUCUAAAACAUCCUGUAUACAAACAUCCGGAUGUAAAAUCUCCGCUUCCAAUACCUCCCAUUUCUUCCCACUAUAAUGAGAAACCAUCACGCAAAUGGAGUGUAUACCAAUCAGUUGUGAAUUUACCAGCUGUUUUAAAUGAUCCAAAUUAUCGUGAGAAAGAUAUAUUUACAAAAUUAUGGGGUGAUAAAUUUGAAAAUGCUGAAGUUCUACCCAGUCCACAUCUACCAGUAAUUACAGAGAAACAUUUUAUAGAAUAUUUAAACAAAAUUGGGGUUCGUAAACUCGAUACAGAGUCUUGUAGAUCAUCGCCUAAUUGUCAAAUUAAUUCAUCUAAUUCAAUCACUGAUAUUUCUCUAUCAGUGAAAUUAUGCAAUAAAGUUUUAAAACAUGAACCAUCGCAUGAUAUAUCAACGACUUCCAUUCCCGCUUUAUACUUUGAUCAAAAUUUCAAUCUGAAAGAUGAAAAGACGUUUUGUCAAGUUAUACCUUUACACGUCCGUCGUUCUCACUUUCAAAAUGUUCGAAACCCAUAUGAAAAUAUCGUUUUCCCAUCAAGUAAACCAGAUUCUGUAAAUAUUUCAGAUCGAUUAAACUAUCACAAUGAAGAAUUCCUGCAAAAAGAAGCUUUCCGCAAUCAGCAUAAUCAAUUGGUUAAUUAUUUGGAUAUUAUUGAGUUAAAUAUAGUUGAACAGGUUUCCAGAAAAUCUUCAACAUUCUUUGAAGCUAUCCAGUGUCAUGAUGUGAUACGUGAAGAUUUAAGUCAAGCUAUUCGUCAAAUUAAAGAUUUUCGACGUAAAUUGCAUCAAAUUAAUACAUUGACUAUAAUUGACAAGAUGAAAUUGUUACGUGUUGUUAGAAGACGGGAAAACUAUCGACUGGUUGUUAAUAAGUUAAAAUUAAUCGCGAGUCUUCAAGCUACACAACCUACUAUUCAAACUCUAUUGAGAAAUAAUGAUUUUUGUGCUGCCCUGGAUUUAGUGAGCACUACAAAAGAAUUAUUACAUUCACAUUUGAUGGUGAACUCAAAUUCCAGUGAUUUAUCAUCAGAUAAUGUGAUGGACCAGCCUGGUAAUAGAAAUUUAACAUCUAGGUUGAAGAAGAAUUCAACUACAUUUCUUUGUCUACGUGAUUUUGAUGCUCAACUAAGUGGCAUUUCUAAUUUCGUACAUAAAAUGGUCGAAUCAGAAUUUGACAUUUCAUUGUGUCGAUUUUUGGAUCCACCCAUUGAAGAAUAUGGUGGAUUCCAUGACCCAGAUAUUUUAUCGUGUUUUCUUGGUUUAAUACGAAUUAAUCGGUUGGAUUUUGUGAGUGGUUUUCAUGCAGAAAUGCUCAAAAGAGUUAAAGAUAUAUUCUGUCAACAUAUCACUUCAGUUACACGACCUCCAGGAAAUGAUAGUGUUACAGAUUCUUCUACAACAAUAGGACCUAAUGCAACUAAAUUAUCUACUUCUGAUCAACUGCGUAAUAUGCCAUGUGAAAAUUGGAUGACGUUUUUAGUUAAUUUAUGCAAUGACAUAAAAUAUUUAUUAAUUCGUGGACAAGACGUUGUGGAUAUAUUCGAAAAUAACCUCUGUUCUAAUCAUCAGUCAAAUGAAACGGUUGAAAAUAGUACUGUUAUUUUGUCUACUCAUCAACCUUUAACUACAAUCAGUGUGCAUAAAGCGAAAGAACUUGCUAAAUGUAUGCAUAAAACUUUAUGGAAUACAGCUAAUAUAUCCCAGAAACGUUUAUGUUCAAUUGUUUCAUCUCGAUUUCGUCUUGGGUCUAUUCAAUUAAUGGAACCAAAGUUGAUGACAUCAACAGGAUUGUCUUCAACUGUUGAUUUAUCAGUGAAUUCACCAAAUCUACAACAAAGACAUUUGUCUACAACUUCAAUAAUGGAUGUUCCAUGUACAACAGUGUUUAGUGAAUAUGUAUUUGAUAAAUUUACUUGGAGUAAUUUUAGAGAACUAGUCAAAAUAAUGAGUAUUUUCCAGGUAUAUGUUCUUCGAGCAUGGUUGAAAUUUUCUGAUAUUCCAAUUAAAGCAAUAAUUUGUCAUCAAUCCAAUGAUUCAGAAAAUUGUUUACAACCGAAUGUACAUUCUUUUAAUAAAUCAAAGUCUUGUGUUAAAAAAUCAACGAUUCCUUUAAAUCAAAAAACUUCAAAUGAUGUUAACCCCUCUUCCAUUAUUAGUUCUAACACUGAUGAUUGUAUAUCUAAUAACCAAUACACAUUUAAUAUUCAAUCCGAUUUAAUCUUACGUGAUCUUGUACUUGAUAUGAUUAUACUUAUAAUUGACCGAUUUCAUCGUGAAAAUUAUGAUAAAAUAAAUAUGUUAUUGGAUCAAGAAAGAUGGCAAGCAGCUAUUUGUCCAGAACAAGUUCAACAAAUGAUUAAUGAUAUAUCCAUAGAAGUAGGACAUUGUAAAAUGAAGGUAAUUUAAUACAAUAAUUAAUACAUUUUUUUGUUUCUUAGUUAAAGUACUUUAGCAUACACCAUAUGGGACAAAUCAAAUUAAUGAUGCUAAUUUUCUGGUUACCUAACAAUUUAAUUCUAUUUUAUUAUUGAUUUGUUAAAUUGUUAUUUGGAUACUAUCAAAGUGUGUAAUAACUACCAACUCAUUAAUAUGGUUCGUUUAUUUGAAUAAAAAACAACAUCAGUAGGAGAAUGACUGUUUAAUGGUAAAACCUACUGCAUUGCUGGUUUGAAACCUUAUUAUUCUUUUUUUCCAGUUUAGACAACUGGUUUGUAUUACAUUUAAAAGUGUAUGAAUUACUGCUUAGUAAUUAAGAUACACUAAUUUUAUUGUUGUAUGGAGAAAUUUAUUUAGGUUCUUUUUUUAUAAGUUUUUUUUUCUGUGCAAAAUAUUAGCAGUUGGAUUAUGCACCAUAGAUUGUUUUAUUGCUUUACGUAUACAAAGUGUUUACUUUACUGUUUACCUUCAUGAUUCAUUAGUCAACAUUAUUAUCUUUAAACGAUUUAUUCACGAGUUUACAUUUACUUCACU